AUGGCUGAACAAGUUGAGGAGAGCAGAAGUAAUAUGUCUGCUGAAAAUGAAAAGUAUGAUGAAAAUUAUUUAUUGAGUUUAGCUGAGAUUAAAAGUGAAAAUGAUCAACAACUACAUGAUGAAGGAUAUCACCAACAUGCAUUCAAUUUACUAAUUAGUGAAAAACUUUCCUUCACUAGACCACUUCCUGAUACAAGAGAUCCACAAUGUAAAGAUAAGGUAUACCCCACCAACCUACCUAAAGCCAGUAUUGUUAUUUGUUUUUAUAAUGAGGCAUAUUCAUCUUUACUGAGAACAGUACACAGCAUUUACCAUCGGUCACCAAAUGAUCUGAUACAUGAAGUUAUUUUAGUCAAUGAUAAUAGUGAAAUAGAGGGUUUGCUGCCCAAAUUAAGAACUUAUUUAUCAAAUCAUUUACCUGCGGUUAAACUGGUCACAAGUGCAGAAAGGUUAGGGUUAAUACGGGCUCGAAUAUUCGGUGCCAGAAAAGCUACAGGAGAGGUAUUGGUGUUUUUAGACAGCCAUUGUGAAGUUAAUGAUGGUUGGCUGGAACCAUUAUUAGCCAGAGUUCAAGAAAACAGUAAAAAUGUUGUGAUACCUAUUAUCGACAUGAUCAAUGCUGACACAUUUAUUUACGAAAAAUCACCCCUCGUGAAAGGUGGUUUUAAUUGGGGAAUGCAUUUUAGAUGGGAUCCUCUACCAGCUAGCACAGGGCCUAUCUCACAUACUGAUCCUAUAGUAUCUCCCACCAUGGCAGGUGGAUUGUUUGCUAUAAAUCGAGUUUAUUUCCACCAUCUCGGAGAAUAUGAUCCUGGCAUGGACAUCUGGGGUGGAGAAAAUUUGGAAAUUUCUUUUAGGAUCUGGCAAUGUGGCGGUAAUUUAGAGAUCUUGCCCUGUUCUCGUGUGGGUCAUAUUUUCCGUAAGAGACGACCCUAUGGUUCUCCACAUGGGGAUAGUUUUUUGAAAAAUUCCUUACGAGUUGCUCAUACCUGGAUGGAUGAAUACAAGAAACAUUUUUUCAACAUUCGACCAGAGGCAGCUAAAAUGGAGUAUGGUGAUAUUUCUAAAAGGUUGGAGUUACGAAAGCAACUGGGGUGUAAAAGUUUUAAAUGGUAUUUGGAUAAUGUCUACCCAGAACAAAGUAUACCGUCUGUUAAUGGUCAGGGGAGAGAAGCCAAAUUUAUGAGGCCUAUUGUACAUAAAGAUAUAGUUGUUAAACAAAAAGGUUUGUUAAAGCAUACAGGUUCUGGACUGUGUGUGGACAGUGUAGGAGAUGUCCAUGUAAAAAAAUCUUUAUUACGUUUAACAGUUUGUAAUUUAAGCAACGAAAAUAAAAAUCAGGUAUGGUAUGAAACAGGGAAUAAGGAAAUGCGUCUGGCCAAUGUUUUGUGUCUGGAUGUAACUGGAGAAGGGAAGACAGAAUUUGCCAGGUUAACAAAAUGUGGUGGGUUUGGAUCUCAGGAAUGGAUUUGGAACACAAAGGAUGGAAGAUCUCAGUUGUUUAACCCAGCUAGUGGAAUGUGUUUGACAACUGUUAAUAUAGAGCCUGGGAGUUAUCUCACCUUGGCCGUCUGCUCAUCUAGUCAGCUACUGGACUUUCAUUUAAUAUCUGCAUCUUAG